AUGGCAGAUCCCAUCCGCUGGGCUCGAUACCGUUGGCAGCGACUGAUAUCUGCAGAGGGCAGAGAAGGUAGCAGCCCCAGCAAUUCAAGUAACAAGUGCUAUCAAUCAUCAAAAGCCAUUGGCAAACAUAGGAUAGUAAUACCAUGUUUGGGACAUUUUAAGGAAGAGUAUGAAAAAGUAUCAAAACUGUACAUGAAUAACAAAAUACGGACUACUAAGUAUACGUUAUUGAAUUUUUUACCACGGAAUUUGUUUGAACAAUUUCACAGAGUUGCCAAUUUAUAUUUCCUGUUUCUAGUUGUCCUGAACUGGGUUCCUCUGGUGGAAGCCUUCCAAAAAGAAAUUACAAUGCUACCCCUAGUAGCAGUUCUGACAAUUAUUGCAAUAAAAGAUGGUCUGGAAGAUUACUCAAAGUACAAAAUGGAUAAACAGAUAAACAACUUACUAACCAAAGUAUAUAGCAGGAAGGAGAAGAAAUACAUAGAUGAAUGCUGGAAGAAUGUCAAUGUUGGGGACUUCAUCCGGCUUUCACGUCCUGCUGACAUGGUACUGUUAUAUUCUAGUGACCUGGAUGGGAUCUGCUACAUUGAAACAGCAGGCCUUGAUGGAGAAACCAAUCUAAAGCAGAGGCAGGUGGUGAGAGGAUAUUCAGAGCAGGUCUCUGAAAUUGAUCCAGAAAAAUUCUCCAGUAGAAUAGAGUGUGAAAGUCCUAACAAUGACCUCAGUCGCUUCAGAGGCUUUGUUGAACAUUCAAACAAGGAUCGAGUGGGUCUCAGCAAGGAAAACUUACUGCUCCGAGGAUGCACAGUGAGAAACACAGAAGCUGUUGUAGGCAUAGUGGUAUACGCAGGACAUGAAACCAAAGCCAUGCUGAAUAACAGUGGCCCUCAUUACAAGCGCAGUAAAUUGGAAAGAAAAGUGAACACUGAUAUUCUUUGGUGUGUUCUGCUUCUAAUCUUGAUGUGUUUAACUGGUGCAAUUGGCCAUGGAAUUUGGUUAAGUAGGUAUUCAGAAGUACCCUUUUUUACCAUCCCUGAGCCAGAUGGGAAAUCGAUUCCUCCAACAUUAGCAGGGUUCAAUAUGUUCUGGACGAUGAUCAUCCUAUUACAGGUCUUGAUCCCAAUUUCUCUCUAUGUUUCAAUUGAAAUUGUCAAAUUGGGACAAAUUUAUUUAAUACAGAAUGACAUUGAUUUUUACCAUGAGAAAACAGACUCAACAAUUCAGUGUCGAGCACUGAAUAUUGCUGAAGACCUUGGCCAGAUUCAGUAUAUCUUCUCUGACAAGACUGGAACCCUCACUGAAAAUAAAAUGGUUUUUCGGAGGUGCAGCAUUGCAGGACAGGAGUAUUGCCAUGAGGAAAAUGCAAAAAGGCUGGAAUCCUAUCAAGAAGUGGAUUCAGAGGAUGAGGAUUCAGCUGAUCAUCAGUGUGGCUCUUCAAUGCGUAUGUCAAAAUGGCAGGGGCACGACUGCAGAGCUGUGAAUGAACCUUUGAACAAAAAGCCUUUGAAUUUGUUGUCUGGUAGUCAUUCUGCAUUAGGAAGGGAAGAUGGAGCAGGUGAUGUUCCCCCUUCAGGACAUGUUGCUUUCAGCAGUCCAAUUGAAACAGAUGUUGUACCAGAUGCACAACUGUUGAAGAAAUUCAGUCAAAUUUCUUCUCAUUCCUAUGAUCAAUCAGAAGCUAGCAGCAAGUUAUCUCUGGAGACAAUGUACAUCACUGACUUCUUUCUUGCUCUGGCAAUCUGUAAUACUGUGGUAGUUUCAGUCCCCAAUCAGCGACGUCAGAAGAUGAGAAUGUCUUCGCUGGGUAGGAUGCCUAUUAAAUCACUUGAGGAAAUCAGGCAGAUGUUCCAGAGAUUGUCAGUCCGGAGACUAAGUUCUUCCCCACUUCCAAGUGUGAAAGAGUCAUCAUCUGAAAGCCCCAGUAGUUUUGUGAGCAAACUAUCUAUUUUCAGAAUGAAAAUGGCUUCACCUGCUUUGGAUGGAACUGCUCAAAGGGCUGCUGAGCCUCACAAUAUGGACAGCCCAGAGAAUUCACAAGUGCCUCAAGAACUAGAUAUGGUGAAUGUAGCUGCUGGCUGUGAACGCAACAGUGCUACAUCAUCUAUUGAAUUGUCUCCCUUACCUAAACUUUGUUAUGAAGCUGAGAGUCCAGAUGAAGCUGCCUUAGUUCAUGCUGCUAGGGCUUAUAGAUGUAUUUUACAGUCUAGGACUCCAGAUCAAGUAACUGUGGACUUCGCAGGUCUGGGAUCUUUAACGUUUCAGCUUUUGCAUAUCCUGCCUUUUGAUUCAGUGCGGAAAAGGAUGUCAGUGGUGGUUCGGCAUCCAGUCUCCAACAAAGUGGUGGUUUACACAAAAGGUGCAGACUCGGUCAUGAUGGAUUUAUUGAGAACUGCAUCUGAAGAUACUAAUAAUUCAGAAAUGGAACAAAAGAAGAUUAAAGCGAGAACUCAGAAGCAUUUGGAUGACUAUGCCAGGAGAGGACUUCGCACUCUGUGUAUUGCUAAGAAGGCGAUGAGUGAUGCAGAAUAUGCAGAGUGGUUAAAUCACCACUUUUUAGCAGAAACCAGUAUUGACAAUAGGGAGGAGCUGCUGCUUGAAUCUGCCAUCAGGCUUGAGACCGAACUAACUUUGCUCGGGGCCACUGGCAUUGAAGAUCGCCUGCAGGAGGGUGUUCCAGACACAAUACAAGCCUUACGGAAAGCGGGAAUAAAAAUAUGGAUGCUGACAGGUGACAAGAGAGAGACAGCUGUCAACAUUGCUUAUGCUUGUAAACUGCUGGAACCAGAUGACAGAAUCUUCACUCUCAAGUCACAGAAUAAGGAUGCCUGUGCCUUGGUGAUGAGCAAAAUUUUAGAAGGCAUCCAGAAGAAUACAUCUAAAAAACAACCCAGUCAGAAGCUCGGGAAUGUCUCUGCAAGUUUCUUCACCCACUCUCCAGGGUUCAGUGCAGGCCUCAUUAUUGAUGGAAGGACUUUGGAGCAUGUCCUUCAUGACAGCCUACAGAAUAUUUUCUUGGAACUCACAGAAAAAUGUCGGGCUGUAGUCUGCUGCAGAGCCACACCACUGCAGAAGAGUGUCCUGGUCAGACUGGUGCGAAGUAAGCUAAAGGCAAUGACAUUAGCUGUAGGUGAUGGUGCCAAUGAUGUCAGUAUGAUCCAGGUGGCUGACACUGGUGUGGGAAUAUCGGGCCAAGAAGGCAUGCAGGCUGUGAUGGCAAGUGACUUUGCAGUCACUCAGUUCAGACACCUCAGGAAGCUGCUGCUUGUCCAUGGUCAUUGGUGUUAUACCAGACUUACCAACAUGGUGCUUUACUUCUUCUACAAGAAUGUGGCCUAUGUGAACCUCCUGUUCUGGUACCAGUUCUUCUGUGGGUUUUCAGGCACAUCAAUGACUGACUACUGGAUCUUGAUUCUUUUCAAUCUCCUUUUUACGUCGGUGCCACCUAUCAUUUAUGGUGUCUUGGACAAAGAUGUGUCUGCAGAGGUGCUUCUGCAGCUCCCACAACUGUACAUGAUGAGCCAGAAAUCCGUGGCUUACUUGCCUUCAACAUUCUGGAUAACCUUGCUGGAUGCUUUUUACCAAAGUAUUGUUUGCUUUUUUGUGCCUUACUUUACUUACUAUGGCUCAGACAUAGACAUUUUUUCUUUUGGAAACCCUAUAAACACAGCAGCGCUCUUCAUAAUACUGUUUCACCUUCUCAUUGAAUGCAAAUCUGUGACGUGGAUACAUACAGUAGUUAUAGUUGGCAGCAUUCUGUUUUACUUUGUCUUCACUCUGGCCUUCGGGGCAACCUGCAAAACUCACAAUCCAUCAUCAAAUCCUUACUGGGUCAUGGAAAAGCACAUGACAGACCCAGUAUUUUACUUAGUUUGCCUCCUGACUACUUGUGUUGCUCUGCUACCAAGAUAUUUGCUGAGAGUUCUCCAAGGAACAUUGUUUCCAUCUCCAGUGUUGAGAGCAAAGCACCUUGACAGACUGACCCCAGAGGAGCAGAGGGAAGCAAUUAAGAGAUGGAGAGAUGACUGCGUUGUAAACUGUAGAGUGGAGCUCCAGGCUACUUCUGGGUCUUCCAGCUCAGCCACAGGUGCUGCAUCAGAGGAAGAAAGCAUUGCCAGCGUUUUGCCAACAUCUAAAACACCUUUACAGGCCUGUUCAAGAGAUGGGUUAGUACAGGACACCUCCUUCUUACCAGACAUUCAGGACGAGUCCAGGAACACAGAUGGCUUGAAUUCUGAAAAGACGUAAUUCCUGAAUUCAUCAAAGGAAACUAAUUCAGACUCAUUUUGUGGUAAUAACUCAUGUGCCAAAGUCUCUGUGUGUGCUUCUGAAGGGGGCAGCAGUGCUGUUUCUGUAGCAUAA